CAUUCCUCAAGUCGAAGCGCCGCUCCAUCAUGUUCAGCACCAACAACGAAGAAAUCGACUUCCUUGAGCGUCUGAGGAAGCGCGACCGUGAAAAGCUCAAGCUCAAGCAGAAAGGCCACCUGCCCGUGAUGGAUCGCGAGACGCUUGUCCAGCUGUGUGUGGACAACGACGGCUACGAGACGCCCGACCUCAACGACAACCUGUUUGCGCACUUUAAAGGGUUCCAGAAGAUCGAAGGACUGGAACCGUUCUUCAAUCUAAAGGCGCUGUGGCUGGAAUCGAACGGCUUGAGUGUGAUCGAAAACGUCGACUGCCUCGUGCACUUGCGUUGCUUGUACUUGAACAAGAACCGCAUCGAGCGCAUGGAGAACCUCCACGCCCUCACGGCCCUCACGACGCUCGACCUGAGUGAGAACGCCAUCCACACCAUCGAAGGCCUAGGCGCGCUGACCCAGCUCACGUCGUUCAACAUCUCCAAGAACGAACUGGAGCACGUGGCAGACAUCGAAGCGCUCAAGAACUACAAGUCGAUCACCAACUUGGACUUGAGCCACAACAAGCUACGAGAUCCGUCCAUUUUGCACGUUUUCGAAGCCAUGACCAACCUCAAAGCCCUUCGUCUCACUGGCAACGACGCCGUGUCCAAGACCAAGUACUUCCGCAAGACCUACAUCACGACAUUGCCGCAGCUGGGGUACUUGGACCGACCGAUCUUUGCCAUGGAGCGCCACACCGCGGCCGCGUGGAAGGAAGGCGGCGCCGCUGCCGAAGAAAUCGCGCGACAGGCAUUCAUCCAGCACGAGCACGACGAACGGCGGCGGUCGCUCCAAGAAUUCCGCGACUGGCAAGCGGACAUACGUGAGAAGAAGCUCGCCGAGCUGGCCGCGCCAAAAGAAGCUGGCGGUGGCGACGACGACAGCGAGAAGGCGACGCAACAAAGUCGGCGGAUGGAGCAAGCGCGGGCCGACAGCGCCGCGGACAAGGCACUCGUGGCUGGCAAUGGGAUCGUGGCAUUGGGGGCGGCAUUUUGGGCCGAGGAAGACGCGAAACAGCGGCAGAAACAGCAAGUGAAUGGGGCAACUGUGGAAGCCAAGGACGGGGCGGCGGCUGUGUUAUCCGAGACUGAGCACCAAGUAACAGAUGCGAACCCUCCAGAGGAGCAGGUGGUGGAUGCGUUGAAGAGUCGCCCUGUUUACGAGACCGAUUACAUGCUCGACGUCCAAGACAUUGCGCUGGACUGGGCCACCAUCUCGGACGACGAGAAGGUGGUCAUGGCAGAGGAGGAAGGGUUUACAUCGGACAUUAUGGCGUCCGAAGCGCCGUACCGACCGUCAGCUCUUCAACAUACAGCGCCGCACUCGUUGUUUGCGACAUCUGCCGCCUCGUUGCCGCCGCCGCCACCGCCAUCGACAGUGGAAAGGGACACAUGGGAGUCGUUGCAGCGCAAGGCGGGUACUGCAGCCUUCGCUUCGCUUCUUCCACCCCAACACCUGCCCUCGGCUUAUUCGAACGACAACUCGACCAACGACGACGACGACGACCAAGUGCCUGUGACCCGCGACGGAUUGUGGCGGCAACUGACGCGCUUUACAAAUGUGUCGCAGCUCGAUUAACAUACUACUACGUAGUACUACUUAUACUAGUAGUACAUGUAGUAGUUGGCAUUUACUGUAAAUUCAAUCACAAGGCAAUUUAAAUGUGUGGAAUUGAAGUAAGCUUCCAG